GAGACCGAGCCCCAAACGCGUCCCAUUGUGCACGCCACACGCCAUACGCCGCCGCCACCACACCAAGUCACCAACCACCAUCUCAAAGCUCCGGCCUUUCUUCCCCUCCCCCCUCGUCCUCAGACCAGCCCGAGGCGGAAACCAAUUCCACGUCCCCUCUCCACAGCUCCGUCCAAGAACGCAGAGGCCAGGAAUUCGCACCACGUCAACGAGUGAUACUUGAAGAAGAUAGAGCCCAUUAUCUCUAUCUGAUUUAUCUACGGUCGUUGGCGGCCAUUAAUCCGUUCCGUGGAGAGAAGGCUGCUGCAUUCCUGGUCUGGCAAUGGCUAGCACGGCGACGGCGACGGCCGUGGCGGGCACAUUCGCCGCCGCCGCCAUUGCCAGGCAUCGGGGGUCCGCCGCCUGUCCGAGGGUGGCCGCCGGCGGGCGGCGGCGGUCCUGCGUGGUGCGCUGCGACGCCGGCGUGGAGGUCCAGGCGCAGGCGGCGGCCAAGGCGGCCAGCAUCGCCGCGCUCGAGCAGUUCAAGAUCUCCGCGGACCGGUACAUGAAAGAAAGGAGUAGCAUAGCUGUAAUAGGCCUCAGUGUAAACACAUCACCUGUAGAGAUGCGUGAAAAACUUGCUGUAGCAGAAGAACUAUGGCCCCGUGCUGUUUCAGAACUCACCAAUUUGAAUCAUAUUGAAGAGGCUGCUGUUCUUAGUACCUGCAAUAGAAUGGAAAUUUAUGUGGUGGCUUUAUCCUGGAACCGAGGUAUUAGAGAAGUAGUUGAUUGGAUGUCAAAGAAAAGUGGAAUCCCUGCUUCCGAGCUCAGGGAGCACCUCUUCAUGUUGCGUGACAGUGAUGCUACACGCCAUCUGUUUGAGGUAUCUGCUGGGCUUGACUCUUUGGUGCUUGGAGAAGGACAGAUACUUGCUCAAGUUAAACAAGUUGUCAGAAGUGGGCAAAACAGUGGAGGCUUGGGAAAGAACAUUGAUAGGAUGUUCAAGGAUGCAAUCACAGCUGGAAAGCGUGUACGCUGCGAGACUAACAUAUCAUCUGGUGCUGUAUCUGUCAGUUCAGCUGCGGUUGAAUUGGCUUUGAUGAAGCUUCCAAAGUCUGAAACCUUAUCAGCUAGGAUGCUCUUAAUUGGUGCUGGCAAAAUGGGAAAAUUAGUGAUCAAACAUUUGAUUGCCAAAGGAUACAAGAAGGUUGUUGUGGUGAACCGCUCAGUGGAAAGGGUGGAUGCUAUUCGCGAGGAGAUGAAAGACAUCGAGAUUGUAUAUAGGCCUCUCACAGAGAUGUAUGAAGCUGCUGCUGAUGCUGAUGUCAUAUUCACAAGCACGGCAUCUGACACCCCAUUGUUUACAAAGGAGCACGCAGAAGCACUUCCUCUUAUUUCAGAUUCUAUGGGUAGAGUUCGGCUUUUUGUUGACAUAUCUGUACCCAGGAAUGUCAGUGCAUGUGUGUCUAAUGUUGACCAUGCACGAGUAUACAAUGUUGAUGACUUGAAAGAGGUGGUGGAAGCCAAUAAGGAAGACAGACUCAGGAAAGCAAUGGAGGCCCAAACAAUCAUUUCUGAAGAACUGAUUCGGUUCGAGGCAUGGAGGGACUCUCUGGAGACCGUUCCAACCAUCAAGAAGCUGAGAUCAUAUGCUGACCGGAUCAGGGCUUCAGAGCUUGAUAAGUGCCUGCAGAAGAUUGGAGGAGAUGUUCUCACCAAGAAAAUGAGAAAAUCAAUAGAGCAGCUCAGCACCGGCAUAGUGAACAAGCUUCUGCAUGGCCCAUUGCAGCAUCUGAGAUGCGAUGGCACCGACAGCCACACUCUCGGCGAAACACUUGAGAACAUGCACGCCCUCAAUAGGAUGUUUAGCCUCGACACUGAGAAGGCGGUCAUGGAGCAGAAGAUCAAGGCGAAGGUUGAGAAAGCACAAAACUGAGAUCACCUGUCUUUUCUGCCUGUACAUCUACAUGACUACAUAUACUCCCAAUCUGUCCUGACAUUCUAAUUCCAAUUUUGUUUCACUUACCGAGCGCUCCUGGUGGAGUUGAUCAAUUGUAUAGUGAUUUAGCACCAUUGCAGCCGCUUAAUAUGUUGAGAGAUAGCAAAAUGUGCUCCACAACAGCUUUUGUUCAUUACAGUGCAUGCUGUGCUAGAGCCCAAAUUUUAAGGUGUACUAUGCAUCCUUUGGCGAAAUAACAGGAAUAUAUGAAUAUGUUAAUUGAUGCGUGUGAUGUAUUAUACUAUACCUAUAAGCUUAAGGAUAAACUUGCAGUA